AUGAGGCCGACGUUUUGGAGGGUGUAUAAGAAGAAAUCGACGGAGGGAUUUCAAUCAGUUCCAUAUGUGUUUGCACUGUUCACUGCAACGAUAUGGAUAUACUAUGCAUUCCUCAAGUCUAAUGAGAUCCUUCUCAUCACCAUCAACUCAUUCGGUUGUGUCAUAGAGACCAUUUAUAUUGCAAUUUACCUUACAUAUGCAACUAAGCAAGCGAGGGUGUCCACUCUGACGCUGCUUUUUCUGGUGAACUUUGGGGGAUUUUGCUUGAUUCUUCUUCUGGCUCACUUCUUAUCACAAGGGCCGACCCGCGUCGCAGUUCUAGGAUGGGUUUGUGUGACUUUCUCUGUCAGUGUCUUUGCAGCACCUUUAAGCGCCAUGAAAAUGGUUAUCCGCACCAAGAGCGUGGAGUUCAUGCCAUUUAAUUUAUCCUUCUUCCUCACCCUAAGUGCCGUUAUGUGGCUCAGCUAUGGCUUACUCCUCAAGGAUCUCUACGUUGCAACCCCAAACAUUGUUGGUUUCUCCUUUGGGUUGGUUCAGAUGGCCCUCUAUGCAAAGUACAGGAAUAACAAAACAAAUGUGGAGGAGAAGCUACCAGAACAGAAAGCUGAUGUUGUGAAGCAAAUGACAAUUUUGACUACUACUCCUGAGCUGGAGGUACAAGUCCAAGCAGCUGUAAGCUCCCAUGCCAAUAGUACUGAUGCUCAUCCAAGCUCUGAGCAUAACAAUGACCAAUAUAUGCAUGCACAAACAUGCCAUAACGAGAAAAUCAUCGAACCCUCCAUGGCCGGCCAACUUGUUACAUGUGAAGUUUGAAUAUUUGGUCAUCUGCUGCCUGCCUAAGAGCAAUUCCACCCAUGGAGCCCUUCCCCUGGCAAUCCACUAUUCAAUCCACCCUAUUAAACAGUAACUGCCUUAAAUGAAUAGUAACUACCAUUAAUGAACAGUAAUUGCCAUUUACAUCUCCACCCUUGGAACCCUCCCCCCUGUCAAUAAGCAAUCAAAAUAAUAGUUUUUUUUGUUUGUUUAAAUAAUAAAAAACCUCUUUCUCUCUCUCUCUCUCUCUC